AUGUCGUCCAUGUGCGCCUUCGAGAUGGAAGCGUUCUCAGAGCAAGCAACGAGAACGGUGGAUGAGUGGCGCGAAGGUUGCCGCGAGGAGCUGCUGGGCCGGGUGCUGCGGGUGCAUCGCCUGGGGAAAGGCUUGAGCUUCGUACACCUAGAGGUGGGUGCCGCAGAUCCUAUGAUCGUCACCUUUGAAGCUGCCACCUAUGAUCCGCUGCCGAUCUCAAUCCCCUUCCCAGCGGCGCGCAGCGCAGCUGGAAAGUUGCAGGGUGAACAUCUCAGGGUGGUGACUGAAAUGCAGUUCCGGCAGCACAUCCAGCGAUGGCUGAGAUGCGUUCUGCGUGCAGCGCUUGAGUCAGUUGAGGGUAAGGAGACACCAGAGAUCUCUGCUCCAGCAGAAGCUACUCACGGUCGGAGGAAAGGUGCCGCCGCCUGUGCGGGAUGGGUCAGGUGCCCGUUGUGCAGCAAUCAGAGGAGUUUCAACCGCGGCGCUGGCUUGAGGCAACACCUGAUGACGGUGCAUCAGCAGGAAGCGGUGGGAGAGGACUGGCUAGAGAAGAUGGCACAGCUGGCAGAUAGCCAAGGUAUAUAUCCCACCCGCGGUGGCAGUGCUAUGCGCACUGCUACAUCUCGUGUGCAUGGCUCAGACGUGCAAAGUCAAGGUGCCAACCUGAUUCUCCCUGGACUGGUGGCGGCCAGGGAUGGUGACGUGUCGACGCUCCAGCAGCUGCUGCUACAGGGCUGGCGUCCCUUGGGUCCAGGGCAGCAGGACCGCCAUGGCUCCAGUGCGGUGGAUUGGGCGGCUGGGAAUGGCCACUUGGAGUGCGUCAAGUUGUUACUGCCAUACACGGACGGCCGACAACUCUGCCGCCGCGAUGGCCGCGGUCCCCUGCACUGGGCCUGCCGCCACGGGCGGCUGGACAUGGCCAGGUUCUUGUUGAGCCUGGGAGCUGUUGAGCAGCGGGCGGCGGAUGGCACCACACCGCUGAUGCUGGCGUGUUUUGGGGGCCACACCGAAGUGGCUGACUACCUGCUCUCUGCCCGGGCGGACCUCGCGGCCCAAAACAGCUACGACUGCGACGCUGGGCACUUCGCUGGUCUGGGCGGCAGUGUGGCGGCCUGCGAGUUUCUGCUGGAGAAAGGGCUCUCCCUGACGCGGCCGCAGUCGUCGGGACACACGGCCCUGCACAAGGCCGCGGAGCGGGGGCAUCUGCCGUUGGCCAAGUGGUUAGUGGAGACCUGUGAUGUGCAGCGGCUCCGCGGGGAAUGUCCCUCCACCUGCGAGGCGGCCGAGCGGUGGUACGGUGCCCAUCUUCCAUCGGCCCUAGCGCGGAGGCACGGCCACGAAGCCUGCGCGGUGGAACUGGAAGAACUGGGCCUAUGA